AUGGCACGCAGCUCGACGGUUGUUUGGCUCCUCGCCGGCCUCUUUCUGAUCGGUCUGGUGCGGGCGGGUGAGGGCGUGCGCCUCCAGCAGCAGCAGGGGGCGACUUCCUACCCGGCUGCGGGCUUAAAGCCGGCCAGGCAGUUUGCCCUGCCAGCGGGCCAGUCGAAGUCCGCUCGACUGGUGGCCAAUAGCGAGGCGCAGGAGGACCUCGACGACGCCGCAGAAGAGGUGGAGGUGAUGCAGCCCCAGGCGCCUCCAGUUCCACGUCCAGCCCCCGCUCCAGUGCCGGCGGUCCCGGUGACUCCAACCAUCGCAUACUAUCCGGCCGGGGCCGUGGGAUUCUUCCAGCCAGCGGCCUUCGCCAAAAUCAUCCAUGCCCCACAACAGGCUGCCGCCUUGGCAGCCACGCCCCGGUACUACGCCGCCUACUUAGGCUAGAACUACACAGAAUUCAAAUUAUUGUUACUAGUGCAUAGUCGCGCAUAGAGCAAUAGAUUGCGCUAACUUUGGCAUUCGCCAGUGACCCACUGCAACCCUUUAGCACUUUUCUACCCUGCUGUUACAUACAAAUACUUUUAAGUUCGUUUAAUUAAAUUUGCACCGGUACAACCAA